AAUUGUGAACACUGCAGUUAGACGUCAUAGGAAGAAAUCAUCAAUUGAUAAUCUUGUUUUUGUUGUUAUACACUGAAUUAAAUGUAAAUAAAUAAAAUGUCUCUUCUACAGCAGUUACAAUACAAUGAUUAUAAAAAAGCAAAAGCGUUUACUUUAGAACAGUGCGUUACUAUUGCUAGUCUAACGAAGUUGGAAAUAUCGUUUAACAAUGUAGAUAAUCCUGGAGAACACCUCUUGGAAGAACUACACCGUAAUGGAUUUACAAAAUCAAAUUAUGAAGCAUUACUCCUGUCGCUACAAAGAUACAGGCCCCAAGCAAAAAUCGCAAUUCUUAUCGCUAACGAUAAAUACAUCCACCUUUCAAAGCUUGCCACACCGUCUACAGACUGUGACUCUUUAGGAUCAAACUUGAAACUGCUAGGAUUCAUUGUGGUGACUAUAAAAAACACAACAGCUCAUGACUUAAAAGUUAUAUUGAGGAAUAUAUCUGAUGUAAUACCUGCUGAUUCUUAUUGCUUCAUGUUCUAUGCAGGCCAUGGAUGUCAGUUAUGCAAUACUAAAUGCAUGCUCGGUAUUGAUUGUCCCACAGAAAAUGUGGAGGUGGAACACUGUGUUACGGAGAACUAUGCAUUGAAAGUAUUAGAGGGAUGUCAGCUCGAUAUGUGUAUACUCAUCAUGGAUAUGUGCAGAGUGCCUUUGGAUAGGGAAGCCAACCCAAGUAUCUAUUUAUCAAUGACAGACGUUGAAGAUUACAUGAUACACAACAACUUACUAAUAUGUUACUCAACACAGUCCUCUAAAGGGGCAUACGAGAUGGUGCAGAUGGAAUUCUCUACAAUGAAUGGUAACAGCACAUACCAGCUACAGACAGGGGACAGUAAACGCAUAUUGUCUGGUAUGAGUGUGUAUGUGAACGCUUUGUGUACCAGGUUUGAAGAUUCGACUGAUAUUAGCAGUCUGUUGGACAGAGUGCACGCAGAUGUGGAGCGUUUGCUUGAAAAACAAAGGCCUAUAAAGCUUCAAUGUGGUACUGACAAAAGAUACCUAUAUGAUGCUACAAUAGGUGAUACAACAACUUUCUUACAAACCCCCUGGAAGGAAGCUACGAAAAGCUAUAAGGAACAUUGUAUUGUAUAUUAAAAUAACACUAUAAGCGAACAUUUGAAUUGCUAUACCGAGGAGUAUUUGGAUUAUCCAGGUAGAUCAGGCUGUCAAAAAUUGCUUAGCAAAAAUAGACUUUGUUUAAUGCAUAAUAAAGUUACCCUGAAAGGGUUGCCUGCAGCCGCUUAUCUGU